AGUUGAUGGACAGCAACAAAGAAGAUUAAUCAGCUGUGUGAGAGAAAACUGAAGCUGCAGAGAAGAAAACCAGACUGAUCAGGAACAAGAACAUGUUUUGGUGUGCAGGAGAGUGAAGAGAAAAGAGCACAACAAUGGACCGAGAUAGACGAGACUCUACAGAACAAACAUGUGGUGACAGUCAUUCCACUAACAUGGAUAAGUAUGAAACGGUGGAGAAAAUUGGGGAAGGUACAUUUGGAACAACCAUCCUUGUCAAAUCCAAAGAAGAUGGACAACAAUAUGUCAUCAAGGAGAUUUUCAUAUCUAGAAUGUCGACUGAAGAGAGGCAGAAAGCUCAACAAGAAGUUAAAGUUCUUUCCAACAUGAGUCAUCCCUUCAUUGUCCAGUAUAAGGAAUAUUUUGAAGACACGAGCUGUCUGUAUAUUGUGAUGGACUACUGUGAAGGAGGAGACCUCUCCAAGAAGAUCAAAUCUCAGAAAGGAAAACUUUUCUCAGAACAGCAAAUCUUGGACUGGUUUGUGCAGAUUUGUUUGGCACUAAAACACAUCCAUGAUAGAAAAAUCCUCCACAGAGACAUAAAACCACAGAACAUAUUUUUGACUAAAGAUGGGGCUGUACAGCUUGGGGACUUUGGAGUUGCAAGAGUGCUGAACAGGACUGGAGAACUGGCAACAACACACAUAGGAACACCACUUUACAUAUCACCAGAGAUCUGUGAGAACAAACCAUACAACAACAAAAGUGAUAUUUGGGCCGUAGGUUGUGUCCUGAAUGAAAUGUGCACUCUAAAGCCUGCAUUUAAGGCUGGCAAUAUGGGGGAACUAUGUCUGAAGAUCAUCCGUGGUUCAUACUCUCCUGUGUCUGAUCACUACUCCCAAGAACUGCGCUCUCUCUUGGCUCAGCUGUUGGAUUGUGACCCUGAAAAGAGACCCUCAGUCAGCAGCAUACUGAACAGACCUUUCCUCUGCUGCAGGAUACAGAAGUUCCUCACACCACAGAUCAUUGCUCAGGAAUUUGGCCCUGAAGAGGGAGUGAUACUGGGGUCAGCAGCCCUUUUCAUCUUUCUCUCCAAACUUGGACUGCAGACAUUUUAUCCCAACAAGCUCACUCUUCACUCUCUUUUGGAAAUCAACAAAAACAAUAUUUAUAAUGAUACUGUUGAAUCCUUGGAGAAAAUACCAUGGUGCUUUCUCAGGAAACUCUUUCAUAUCAACGCAGAAUGCAGAAACUGUACACAAGUAUCAACCAAUGAUGAUGAUGAAAACAGUGAUCUGUUUGACUUUGACCAGCUCACUACAGAUGACACUGUAGACAACAAGGUUAACCCUCUGGACCUCAUAGUUGCACUCUUUCAUUGUGCUGACAGCUUCUUGCAACAGGAAAUGGCCCUCAAGAUGUCAAUGUGUCAGUUUUCUGUCCCACUGCUGUUGCCUCAUGGCAAUAACAGUCAGUCUACUCUGAUGCUGUGGGCUCUGAGAGACAUCGUCAAAGAGUGGCGUCCACAGGAUUUGUCUGAAUCAAGAGGAUUUGUUGAAGACAACAUUGUUCAAGCAAACAUACCACUCUUUACCUUUGUCAGGCUCAAAAACUGUAGUCUCUCCAAGUCACAGGUUUUGAAUCAUGUUCUCAGUUGUGGCCAACAGAAUCACAACAUGUUCAUACACAGAGAUAUGGAAGGAGGAAGUCUUAAAAGAAGAAUAGCCAAUGGUUUGGUGGAGGUUUGCUGGUUCCUUCCCUGUGGCAGAGAAGAUCUUGACAUAUUUCCAGAGCCAGUUGCCUUUGCCAAUUUGAGAGGAGACAUUUGUGAGUCACUGGAACAAUUCAAUUUUCUUGUUCAAGAGUCAACUUCUACCUUUGUGUUCCUGGACAAAGUUGAAGAAAAAGAGCACAAGAUUCUGACUUCUCUUCAAGAUGUGAAAUCCAAACUCUUCCUGGUUGUUAAUCGGAAGGACAACUCUAAAGAGGACAUGAUGUCUGUGAGGAAAACACUAAAAGAGUUACAGCUACCAAAUAGCAGAGUGAAAGUUAAAGACUCAAGGGUAAAUGUAGCAGAGUUGUUAAAUAAACUUUGUGAUGCUAUCAAGACCACACUGUCAGAUGUAUCAGCCACAUUCAACAUUGUUAAUAUGGUUGGAAAAGCUGCUGAGCUUGGUCUGUCUGUGGAUGAAACCACAAGUGGUGAACAAAAGAAAGCAGUUGAGGAGAUCAUGGUUGAUAUUGAGAGGCAGAGUAUACCAGACUACAAGAAACAACAACUUCCUUUGCAGGGAGAAAACUGGAAAAUAUUAUCACAGUUAGAGAAAGAUGAGUGUAGAUUGGAAUCUGGUGAGUCAGGCCUUGAAGAGUAUAAAUGCCAACUACAUGAAGAAAAAGAUAAACUUAGGAAGGAGCAAAGCAAACAAAAACUGUCUAAAGGAAUGGAGAGUUUUAUUAAAACCGUUUCCACAAGUGACAAAGAGAAAAGAGAUUUUUUUCUUAAGUGGAUGAAACUCAAACUUAAUGCACAUUCACGGAGCAAACUGUCUGAUCUGCGCAACAAAUUAAAAGAGCAAUGUGAGAAAACAGACAUCAAAGACAUCAAACUCAUGGAAAGGUUAGAUAAAGAUUUGCUGGAAAGCUUCCUAGGAGUAGAGCAUUACACGAGAGAGAUGGGACUCAUCUAUGAGUUCUCAAUUGAUGACUCAAGAAACACUGCUGAUGAAAUAUGUCGUCUCCCUGGUUUGGCUGCUGAAAUGCUGUUGGAUGGAUUUCCUUUAGAGCUCUUGGAUGGAGAUGCUUCCAACAUCCCAGAGAGAUGGGUGACAGAUGUCCUGAUGGAGCUUCACAAGAAGGUUGGAGAACAGAGCAGACUGUUAGUACUGACUGUGCUGGGUGUUCAAAGUACAGGGAAGUCAACACUCCUCAACACCAUGUUUGGUGUGCAGUUUCCUGUCAGCAGCGGCAGAUGCACAAGAGGAGCUUAUAUGCUCUUCCUCAGAGUUGGAGAAGAUAUGAAACGUGAGUUGAACUUUGAUUUUAUAGUUCUCAUUGACACAGAGGGUCUAAAGUCUCCUGAUCUGGCAGAACUAGAAGGCAGUUAUGAGCAUGACAACCAGAUGGCAACAUUUGUGAUUGGUUUAAGUGACGUCACCAUUAUUAACAUUGCAAUGGAGAAUUUAACAGAAAUGAAAGACAUUCUGCAAAUUGUAGCUCAUGCUUUCCUGAGAAUGAAGGACAUUGGUAAAAAGCCAGUUUGUCAUUUUGUGCAUCAAAAUGUUUCUGGAGUUUCAGCUCAUGCAAAGAACCUCACAGACAGAAAGCAUCUCUUGGACCAGCUCAAUAAAAUGACACAAAUUGCUGCUGAAAUGGAAAAGAAUCCUUCUAUUAAAGUAUUCACAGAUGUGCUGGACUAUGACAUGGACAAAAACAACUGGAACAUCCCAGGACUCUGGCAUGGAACCCCUCCGAUGGCAUCAGUGAGCACAGGUUACAGUGAAGCUGUAGCAGAUUUAAAGAAAAGUCUUUUGGAGACAGUAAAAAGAAACCAAAGCAAUCAAGUCUCAAAGAUCCCAGAGUUUCUAGAAUGGUUGAGAAGUCUCUGGAAAGCUGUGAAAUAUGAGAACUUCAUCUUUAGUUUCAGAAACACUCUUGUAGCCCGUGCCUAUGUUAAUCUGUGCAAAGAGUUCAGUCAAUGGGAAUGGCAGUUCACAAAAGAAAUCCUCUCCUGGCAACAAAAAGCAGAGUUGGAAAUCUUGAAUUCUGACAUUGAAUUUGAUAUUCAAGAUUGGAGCACACUGGUUGAACCAAAAAAAUCUGAGGUGUCAAAAGAAAUAGCAACUGAAGAAGGAAAAAUGAAGGAGAAACUUACAAACUAUUACAAAAAGAAAGACCAGAAUGUAAAUCUGAUAGAAAAAUACAAAACUGACUUUUUCAAAAGUAUCAGUAGUCUUACCGAGGAAAUCAGACAUUCAGCGAACAAUAAACUGGAUUUUGUCCUUGAGCUAAAAAAAAAAUCAAAACAGGCUCAAGAUAUUCUGAGGAAAUAUAGAGAAGGGAUUGAAGAUGAGGUCAUGAAACUCCUGAAGGCCUGCAAAGGUUCCACACUGUCUGAUGAAGAGCUGAAAUGUGAGUUUGAAAAGAUGUGGACUGAAGCCACUAAAAAUGUGUCUGACCUGAAAGAACGAGAUAUCGCAGCAAGCAUUCUCAACCAGUUGAGAAAACAUUUAUCAAACUGGAAUGUAAAUGAGAACUUCCAAAAGAUUAAAGAUCUGAAGGAGUUUGGGAAGGAUCCAUUUAAAACCAGCCAUGACCAUCUGGACUACGGGUUGAAUAAGGCUGGGUCUGUGGUUAGGGGAUUAGGAGAUGUGCAAAACUUUGCUGAUGGUGUCAUUGAGUCUUGCACACGGUUUGUGCUCGAUAAAGCCAAGACAAACACAGAUUACCAUGACUCUUUUACAAGAGCUCUUCUUGAAAAAAUAGAUGAAUCCCUUCAACAAAGUUACAAGCAUCACAAAACCAAUGCAAAGUUUGAGUUUGACCUGAAACUUCACAUUUGUGGCAUUGCCUCAAGGGAAUUCCUCAAAAUGCACCAAAAAUACUUGUUAGAUAAAGAUCCUCGAACUCAGCUAGAGAAACACAGGAAUCAGUACUUGACAGAUUUUCUUGAUUUAUACAAACAAAGAGAUGAUUGUCAACGCAAAGCAAAGGAAUUUGUCCACAUUUGUAUCAAACCUGCUGUGGAAGAGUUCAUCAAUAGAUCUUUGGGAAUAGAAAUUGUGGAUGAAAUAGUGACAGGUUGUCAUUCAGCAGAGUACAGCUCCCGCUCCUUUUUCCAGUACAACAUUCAGGAAGAGUUGCUGCAAAAAGAUGACUUUAACAGUUUUGUCAAGUACAUCUGUAAAUAUGAAAUAUAUGUUAAGGAUUGGAUAUUUCAGCAAAUCCAGAAACAAAUGUCAGAGGACAAAACUUUGUGCAAACUGAAGAACAAGAACCUUCAAGUCAUAGUUGAUAAAAUCACAGCAGCAUUAGAGCAGGCCUCAAAAGGACCAGAUGAUGUUCAACUGCCAGACAACAAGGAAAGCAUCACAGAGCUCAUCAGCAACAUGAGGAAAUAUUUGAUUAAAGACAUCUCAAUCUCAGUGGAGGCUGAAAGAACCACCCUGUUUCAAAUCCAAAGCACAUGUCAUCCAUUUAUCAACAGCCUCAAAAUGUCAAUAGAAGACUUGAACAAACAGCUUCAGGAGGAAUUCUCAAAGUCUGAAGACAUCACUGAGACUCUGAACAAACUUCCAAUCAAACCACAGGAUGAGCUUUUCAAGAGAGUGUUUGGUUGUGGAAAGCAAUGUCCAUUUUGUAAAGUUCCCUGUGAGGCUGGAGGAAAAGGACACGAUAAGCAUCAUGCAGCUGUUCAUCGACCACAAGGUCUUGGUAGAUACAGGAGGUCAAACACUAAGAAGCUGGCUCCAGAACUGUGCACAACUAAUGUGCAGAGUGAACGUACAUUCAGAAACUCAGACACUAAACAGGAGCGUCAUCCUUUCAAAGAGUAUCACACUUACUAUCCAGACUGGAACAUUCCUCCAGAUCCCAGCAUAGAGUCAUCUGACUACUGGAAGUAUGUACUGGUACGAUACAAUGACAGAUUUGCUCAAGAAUACGAUGCUAAGCCAGCUGAUGUUCCAGAGGCCUGGAGGAGAAUCACAAAGGAACAAGCACUGAAGGGGUUAAAAGAUGCCUUCAACAUAAAGUGAACGAUGUAA